AGGCAGCAGGCUGCAGAUAUGACGCAGUAGUAGUAAUUUAUAUGGAAUGAAUGUUCGCACGCGUGAAAAGAUGAGACAUGUCUGUCACACGUGCCUGCUCCGACUGGGAUUCUGUACGGCCCGCCACGUGUACUUGUUCAUGUUCUUGUUCUUCUUCUUCUUCUUCUGCCUCAAGACUCUCUCUCUCUCUUUAUAUGCACUGCUCCUGCAAUUCCGCCAUGAACGGCUCUCUCAAAGUCAACACUGAUUCAUCUAACGGAAUUGGAUCGGUCAUGGAUGCCGCCGAUUCGCUUCAAUCCAGCUUCACCUACAUGGGCCGGAAGUUCGCCGAUAUCAGCCUCAAUGAUGAUUCUUCCUCCGCCUUCAGCGACUGUAACAGCGACAGAUCCGGCGAGUUCCCUACCACGUCGUCUGAAAGCCGCCGCCUCUUCCUCGCUUGCGCUUCUGAGAACUCAGAUGAGCUGAUCGCGCAGCUCGUUUCCGACCUUGAUUCUAGUGACAUCGAUGAGCAGAAGAAGGCAGCCAUGGAAUUGCGCCUCCUAGCGAAGAAUAAAGCCGACAAUCGAAUCAAAAUCGCUAGGGCUGGAGCGAUCAAACCGCUUAUUUCAAUUGUCUCUUCCGGCGAUCUGCAGCUGCAGGAGUACGGCGUGACUGCGAUUUUGAAUCUCUCACUGUGCGACGAGAACAAGGAAGAAAUUGCCUACUCCGGGGCGAUCAAACCGUUGGUUCGCGCGCUCAAAGUCGGAACCUCAACCGCAAGAGAGAACGCGGCGUGCGCGCUGCUCAGGCUGUCGCAAAUCGACGACAAUAAGAUCGCGAUUGGUCGAUCCGGCGCGAUUCCUCCGCUGGUGAACUUACUGGAAAACGGUCAUUUCCGAGGAAAGAAAGACGCGUGCACGGCGCUGUAUUCACUCUGCUCGGUGAAGGAGAACAAAAUUAGGGCGGUGCAGGCGGGGAUAAUGAAACCUCUGGUGGAGAUGAUGUCGGAUUUGGGGUCAAACAUGGUGGAUAAGUCUGCAUACGUCUUGAGCCUAUUGGUUUCAGUGGCAGAUGCGAGAGCCUCUCUGGUUGAAGAAGGCGGAAUUCCGGUACUGGUAGAGAUCGUGGAGGUCGGAACCCAACGGCAGAAGGAGAUUGCGGCGGCCAUACUGUUGCAGCUCUGUGAGGAUUGCCCUGCCUACCGUACCUUGGUCACCCGCGAAGGAGCCAUUCCCCCUUUGGUCGCUCUGUCCCAAACUGGAACCAGCCGCGCCAAACAAAAGAUUUCUUUAUGGAUAUAGAUGUAGCUGCAGAAUAGAACAAUGGUCAAACAAAAGCAAAAAAUGGCAUGCACUCACAUGAGAUAGAGAUGGAGAUGGAGAUGGAGAUAGAGAUAGAGAUGACAUCCAACCAAUUAUAUACUAGUAACUACAGUAUAACAUAUAUAUAUAUAUAUAUAUAGAGAGAGAGAGAGUAGAUUGCCAAUAUCUUGUUUUCUUCUGCUUGUAUGAGAGUAUAUGAGUAGAGUAGGGCAGAAAUAGUAUGUCACUGUCAUCUUGACUUUAUGCCCUAUCCUUCCUCUAUCGUAUAGGUAUAGUAUAGUCAAUAGUGCCACAAACUUCAUUCAUAUCUAUAUAUUAUCGUUUCAGUUUACUU